UUUUAAAACAACUCUUUUGAAUGUUUUUUUAGACCUCCUAUACUUUAUAAUCAUAUAUUUUCCAGAAUUGGUCGGUUUCCUGUUGGACUUUUUAUCUUUUGUGCACAAAAUAAUGUCAGCAGUCUUUUCCUACAUUUAAUGAGUAGUUACAAAGUAACCUGUACAUAGAUCUGAUCAGGAAAGAAUUUUUUUUUUAAAAAUAGACCAAUACUGUUGUGUUAAAGAACAAAACACUGCACAGAUUUAACUUUGCAGAAACAAAAUGAACAGUCUGUCUCAUUGUGAUAAAACUAUUAACACACAAAAACUGGAGAAAUCAGUGUAAAAACUCCUGUAUUUUAUUUACUGCAGCUCUCACCUUAAUGUUACACUACUUUCUGUAACUGUCAGUAGUAAAGAGGAAAGGAUGCUGCCAAACUACUGUGUUCUUCAGACCCAUACAUGUCAAUUUUGUUCAUUUAAUUUGAAUCCCAAUUAGCUGUCACUGUCCUAACAGCCACGCUUCCUAUGUUACAUCUGUUGAACAAAUGACCAUUCUGCAAACUCACCUCUGCCCAGAAGAACAAUGAAGUCAGUCAUGCUGAACAAUUGCUGACCCAUGAGGUAUGUUUCAGAGAAUGAGACGAGCCAACAGGAUAGCUGAGUGAAUACUCACUCUUGACUGACUACAAUCCCAUAUACAAGCUAAAGUCCAGGCAUGGCGAAUAAAUCAAUCUAUGAUUUCUCUGCUGAGACCCUGGACGGACAGCUGGUUCCGCUCAGUAACUUCAGGGGUAAGGUGCUUCUGGUCGUCAACGUUGCCACCUUCUGAGGGUCAACAAUAGAGGAGUACCACCGACUGAAUGCACUGAUGGAAAUGUUUGGUGACCUCAACUUCACUGUCCUAGGAUUCCCCUGCAACCAAUUUGGUCUUCAGUCGCCUGAGGUGAAUCAUGAAACUUUAAAUAUUCUGAGGUAUGUGAGACCUGGUGCAGGGUUCGUGCCAAAGUUUCCUGUCUUUAGCAAAGUUGAGGUGAAUGGAUUAAAUGAAGAGCCGCUUUUCACCUAUCUAAAGGAAUCUUUGCCAUUUGUGAACCCUGUUAUUGGAGAUAUAAAGAAAUUCUACUGGUCCCCAAUCAAAGUUAAUGAUAUUCGGUGGAAUUUUGAGAAGUUCCUAAUUACUGCAGAUGGCAUACCCUUCAGAAGGUAUGAACUCCACUGUCCCAUUGAGAAAGUAGAGAAGGACAUUGCAGACCUUCUCUGAUGGACUUUCUUUAAUUUAUCACCGGUGGCAGAGUGACGAUCCCCCAGUAAAUGCAUACGUGCCCCUGAGCUGGAUCUGAUGGGAAGUGGAACAGGACUCAGAGCUUCAGUGCAUUCACUCUGAGAACACGUUCCCUUCAGCCACUGGAGGAGUUUUCAUGUCACUUUCACACUUUUCUCUGAUGUGAUGGUGUCUGCUCCUGAAAAAUAAAUAUGAAUUAAACACUAUAAAACAAAUCCUCAUGUAUUUAUAGUUUCUUUUGUUAUCACUCUUGAUAUUACUGUUAU